AUGGGAAAUGAUAUGAAGUCACAAAUACUGGCAGCGGCUCAAAUACUAGAUGCAGAUAGCAAUGAUAGAGCAAAUGCAACUACUACCUCGACGUAUCACACAGAUAAUAUGAAUGGUUUAGCAAUUAGUUCAGAUAAUCAAGAUAGGCUCUCAGAUCAUAGCAUGGGGAAAGAGCAAUUCAGUGAUGAAAUCAAUCCUACAAGAUACAAUCAAUCAACUCCCAAGCACGAACAGAAUAAUAAUCCGUCAGUCCGUGGAUUGGAUGGCAAUACGGUAAGAGGUAAUGGGCCAGAUAAAUCUGCUUCCAAUAUGGAAACCAUUAAAAAUAAAAUUAGUAAUCUACAAGAUGAGUUGAAUGCAAAGGAUAGCUUAAUUAGAAAAAUUAAUGAGGAAAAACAACAGCAAACAGAAGCAUUUGAUGAAUUGAAAGAUAUUUUAGAAUCAAACAAUAAAGAAAUACUUGAACUAAAACAAAAACUAAUGGAUAAAGAAGAAGAGUCAAAAGAGGUAAAAGAUAAUAAUUCCAAUAUCCAAAAUGAGGUGAUUAAACUAAAACAAGAUAACGUUAAUUUUAGUAAAUAUAUAUCUCAACUUAAAUUUUCAGAUAUUCCUAUUGGGCGAAUGAUAACAAAGAGUUAUAAAUCAUUCGAACAAAAUGAAAAUACGUACAGCCUACAGUUAUCCAACAUAUUAAUAAAUGAAGGAAUUGAUAUUGAAGAACAUAUAUUCAAAGAUAGAAAGACUUUUUCCUCAAUGCUAGGUAAUGGUUUGGACCGAAUUGCAGAAACUUUAAAAGAAUUGAGGUUGGAAGAUUCGGCUGAAAUCCAACAUACUCUUACGGGUAUGGAAAAUAUUAAAGAAAAUAUAAAAUCGUCAAAUACCUCAACUCAGACAUUCCUGGAAAAUAUCAAACUAGAAUUUUCAAAAGAAGUAGAAAUAUUUGAGAAACUUUUAAAUCAGAAGGACCUGAAAAUAGAAGAGCUUUCAUCCCUGAACAAGGAUAAAGAUGUACUUUAUGAAAACCUGGAAAAGACGUACCGAGCAAUAAGAGGAAAUGUAGAUGAUUCUUUGAAAUACGAGGACGUUAAGAGUGCAGACGUUACUAAGGUCGUCUAUGAUUCUCUAGAGUUACAAAAAAUUGAUACUUUAGACCUAGUAACUUUACAGAACGAGUUAAAGAAGGUUUGUGUGGGGAUACAGACACCAUUCAAUAAGAUACAGAGAAAGGUCAUCUUGGCAAAUGUAUUAAUAAAGAAUGAGCUCGUGCAUGCCUUAAAUUUUAUAAAUUUACUCUAUUUUAAACUUCACGGAGAUAACCUGGACUUCCACGAGCUAGAAAAUACAGCAUAUAGGCAGUAUCUUAAGAUUCGUGAUGUCGAUAAUGUUCAGCAUCCCCUGAAGCGUAUUUUAGAUGAACUGUAUCAACAUAUUUUGCUUGAAAUGGUAUCCGAUGUUUAG